CCCGACAAUCGACAGUCUCGCACGCACUUCACUCGCUCAGCAGGAAUAUCAUAGGCAGAACUGAUGAAGACGCCCUUGUCCUCUGCCUAGAAGGAGGAAUCCUCUCGAUCUCUCAUCCCUCUCCGCCUCCUCGCUCGUGGAUUUGAAUCCUUUUCAGUUGUUUGAGCUUCGGACAUGGUGGUUCCAAUGGACACGGACAACAAAUUCUUCAAUGUCGGUCUCCUCCUCGUGGCCACGCUCAUAGCGGCCAAGCUGAUCUCGGCAUUGAUAUUGCCGAGAUCUAGGAAGCGCCUCCCUCCGGUUGUCAGCACAUUGCCGGUGGUUGGCGGGCUACUGCGUUUCUUGAAAGGCCCCAUUGUGAUGCUGAGGGAAGAGUACCCGAAGCUCGGGAGCGUGUUCACCUUGAACCUGUUGAACAAGAAGAUAACGUUCUUGAUCGGUCCUGAGGUGUCAGCGCACUUCUUUAAGGCCAGUGAGUCUGACCUCAGCCAGCAAGAAGUGUACCAGUUUAAUGUGCCGACUUUUGGACCUGGAGUGGUGUUUGAUGUGGAUUACACGAUAAGGCAAGAGCAGUUCAGGUUCUUCACAGAAGCCCUGAGGGUGACUAAGUUGAAGGGUUACGUCGAUCAGAUGGUCAUGGAAGCGGAGGAUUAUUUCUCAAAAUGGGGAGAUAGCGGUGAGGUGGACCUCAAGUAUGAAUUGGAGCAUCUGAUCAUCCUCACUGCGAGUAGAUGCCUCCUCGGCCGUGAGGUUCGUGAGAAGCUCUUUGAUGAUGUCUCUGCCCUAUUUCAUGAUCUCGACAAUGGGAUGCUCCCUAUCAGUGUUAUCUUCCCAUAUCUCCCGAUCCCAGCUCACCGCCGCCGCGACCAAGCCCGGAAGAAGCUUGCUGCCAUUUUUGCGAGCAUCAUAUCCUCCCGGAAGCUCGCGGCCAAGUCAGAGGAUGACAUGUUGCAGAGCUUCAUCGACUCCAAGUACAAAGAUGGCCGCCCCACCACUGAAGCUGAGGUCACCGGACUGCUCAUCGCUGCUCUUUUUGCAGGGCAGCACACAAGCUCCAUAACCUCCACGUGGACAGGGGCCUAUCUGUUGAGCAACAAGAAGUACUUAACUGAGGUGCUGGACGAGCAGAAGAACCUAAUGGGGAAGCACGGGGAUAAAGUCGAUCACGAUAUCUUGUCUGAAAUGGACGUUCUCUACCGGUGCAUCAAGGAAGCCCUUAGACUCCACCCCCCUCUGAUCAUGCUCCUGAGGAGCUCUCACAGUGAUUUCAGUGUAACGACCCGAGACGGCAAAGAGUAUGAUAUCCCGAAGGGCCACAUCGUUGCCACCUCACCUGCUUUUGCAAACAGACUUCCACACAUCUACAAGGAUCCCGAUACUUACGAUCCCAACAGGUUUGCAGCAGGCAGAGAGGAGGACAAGCUGGCGGGUGCCUUCUCUUACAUCUCCUUCGGAGGCGGAAGGCAUGGGUGUCUCGGGGAGCCAUUCGCCUACUUGCAAAUCAAGGCCAUAUGGAGCCGCCUCCUGAGGAACUUUGAGCUUGAGCUCAUCUCACCCUUCCCCGAGAUCGACUGGAACGCGAUGGUGGUGGGCGUGAAAGGUAAGGUCAUGGUGAGGUACAAGAGGCAGCAGCUGCCCGUCAAUUAAGGUCGGUCUAUUAUGUAACUUGACAGUAUCCUUGUUUCUUAUUCGGCGAGGAGCCUCGAAUUCCUCGCACUCGGGCCUCUCUCUCUCUCUCUCUGUUUUUUUUCUCGAUUGUUAGAAGGGGCAUUAAGCUUUUAGUAGUCGCCCAUGUCUUUGACUAUCUCGUGUAUGUUUUCUGGACCAUGAUGUGCUUAGUUUCUUCGUCUUCUAAUGCUACGAGUACUUCUUUGAUGUU